CGGACACAGGCAGCGGGCUGCGUUGCGCCGCACUGGGUGGUGGUUCCCGGGCCACGGCAGCGGCGGCGGCGAAUCGCGGAGUCCUGGGCCCGGCUUGGCCCCGCGGCGGCGGCCCCGGCCAUGGAGUCCUACGAUAUCAUCGCCAACCAGCCCGUGGUGAUUGACAAUGGUUCCGGUGUGGUGAAGGCUGGUUUUGCUGGAGAUCAGAUCCCCAAAUACUGCUUCCCAAACUAUGUGGGCCGUCCAAAACAUGUCCGGGUUAUGGCUGGGGCGCUGGAAGGAGACCUUUUCAUUGGACCCAAAGCAGAGGAGCAUAGAGGAUUGUUAUCUAUCCGGUAUCCCAUGGAACACGGCAUUGUCCGGGACUGGAAUGACAUGGAGAGGAUCUGGCAGUAUGUUUAUUCCAAAGAUCAGCUGCAGACGUUCUCAGAAGAGCAUCCAGUUCUCCUGACAGAAGCCCCGCUAAACCCCAGCAAAAAUCGAGAGAAGGCCGCCGAGGUUUUCUUUGAGACUUUCAACGUUCCAGCUCUUUUCAUCUCCAUGCAAGCUGUCCUCAGCCUCUACGCCACUGGCCGCACUACAGGGGUGGUGCUGGACGCAGGGGAUGGAGUGACACAUGCGGUCCCCAUCUAUGAGGGCUUUGCGAUGCCUCACUCGAUCAUGCGCGUAGACAUUGCUGGGCGAGACGUCUCCCGUUACCUCCGCCUGCUGCUACGGAAAGAGGGCUAUGACUUCCACACCUCAGCUGAGUUUGAAGUCGUGAAGACAAUAAAGGAGAGAGCUUGUUACUUGUCCAUCAACCCUCAGAAGGAUGAGGCCCUGGAGACAGAGAAGGUGCAGUACACGCUGCCUGAUGGAAGCACUUUAGAUGUUGGUCCAUCCCGGUUCCGAGCCCCUGAGCUGCUGUUCCAGCCGGACUUAAUAGGAGAUGAAAGCGAGGGGAUCCAUGAAGUGCUAGCAUUUGCUAUUCAGAAAUCUGACAUGGACCUGCGGCGGACAUUAUUUGGGAAUAUUGUUCUGUCUGGAGGAUCUACACUUUUUAAAGGUUUUGGAGACCGGCUGCUCAGCGAGGUGAAGAAACUUGCUCCAAAAGAUGUCAAAAUUAAGAUCUCUGCACCUCAGGAGAGAUUAUACUCUACGUGGAUUGGUGGCUCCAUUCUCGCCUCCCUGGACACGUUCAAGAAGAUGUGGGUGUCCAAGAAGGAGUAUGAAGAGGACGGGAGCCGGGCCAUCCAUCGGAAGACAUUCUAGGGCAGGGGCGGGGGGGCAGGGCAGCAGCAAGGCAGCUGGUGCCUGUGGGCGAUUCAUCCAGGUUGUGUCUUUUCUUCUCUUAACCCUUUCUUGUCCAGGGCUGCUGCAUCCCUGCUGGCUGGGGCCAAUUCCUGCCUUCCUCCCAGGCCUCACGCUUUCCUGUCUUAGUGCCCUGUCCGAUGCAUGUUGCUAGCACGCACGCCCUUGGGAGGGAGGUGCAGCUGUAUUUCGAGGCCUUGGCUGUGGUGGAGGAGGGCAGCGGCCCCAGCCAGGAAGGAAACUCAAGCUCCAUUCCACUUUCUAAUCUGUUCCAUGAGCCUCACUGCUGCUUUGACCUGGUGCUCAUUGUGCCUGUCAGCUGGUAGGAAGGCUGGUUUUUUUCCUGAGCAGGGAGCCCUUGUGCGGCCUCUGGCUGCCCUGCCCUGGGGGAAAGUUGCCUGCCUGCCUGCUCCACGGUUUGUUGCGGAAAUCUCAAACGUUCAGAUGCCCCCCAAAAGGAAUAAAUCAGUUUGUUGAUGUGACUGCCUGGGGCAGCUGCAUUGCCUGCCUAAAGCAUAGGAAAGGUGUAUCGUCCCCCUCAAGUUCCCCUACCUUUUGAGUGGCCGUGUCUGCCAAGCAGUCUUCAGCCUGCUUCUCAGAGAGGUCCUCCUGGCAGGGCCUCACUCAGGGCUGUCAGUGCCAAGGUGUUUCAAGGAGUGCUGAGGAACUCUUGCCUCAGUGCAACCCACCCGCCCCGCUCUCAUGGACUGCCAGAUUUGGUGAGAAAGAGGAUCUUGGUUACCUCUUGGAGGAAGAGGUAUAGGAAGGGAAAUAGGGCAGGGGUCUCUCCCCACCGUCUCUGCCCUGUCCAGUCCCAGGGGAGUAGGGUCAGCAUGCUGUUAGUUUCGGUUAGAAGUCUGUGAGGCAACAGGAGAUAGAAGAGUCCAGUUGUGACAUCUUCUGGGCCUGGUGGCUUCUGCAGUGUGCCUAGCCAGCUUUGAAGGGACUAUCUGUGAUGGCAGAGGAGGAGGAAGAUUGUCUGUGCUUCCCCCUUUUGAGAGUUGAUCUGCUCAUGUAAUGCAAGAGAAUGUUGCGAACUGGCUAUUGGACAAGACAGGAUGGGAUGACCGCAGUUGGAGGGGCCUGCAAAUCCUUUCUCCAGGCCUAGCACUCUGCUGGAGUCCGAGUCAGGGGGCAGAUAAGGAGGAAUACUCUCACCUGUCUGUCUUUUAAGCUACCACACUUACAGGUGCGUCCUGCAUCUCCAGCUUGCCCCUCUUGGGAGUGCCUGCUCCGCUCGCUGGGCUGUACUCCCCUCUCCCUGCACCCCUUUUAUCCUUCUGCUCCCUGUAGGAAACGGUGGCUGGGCCUCCUUGUUCACGGACUCUCUGAUGUGCAUAGGCUUGACCUAAGGUCCCGAUUCUGCUGCUGUUCCAUUAAAAAUUGCCAGGCCAUGCUGGGUAUGUAGAGAAUCGCACUGGGUGGGAUUGCAGAACAUGGGAGGAGGACUGUCCUGUGGCAGCCAAAGUAUAUACAAGAGCUAAGAUGAUGGGAAGCUACUCAGCUGCCUUCUGCUGACUCCAGGUGCAUUGCAAAGAUAGAUGCUCUUUGUAGCCUUGGACUGGAAAGGGUUAAAAACUUUUUUUUAUUAAGGAAAUGAAUUAAUUUAAGAGACCCCCUGUUGACUGGUGGGCCUAUGGCUCCACCUCUCCAAGUGUGUGUAUAUUGGCUUCUCCAUCUUAUCGACCUAUCGUGAUCUUAUACCAAAUGGAGGCAAGAGCAAAGCCCCCCACCCUCCAAAAAACUAUACACCCCCCCCCCCGGGGCUGCAAUGUACAAUAACUUAACACAGUUGCCUGUAUUUUUAUUUUGUAAAUUCAUUAUAGUAAUAAUUAUAAAUUAACAGCCAGUGGCUUUGCAUGGG